ACCAUCUGGUAACACUAGGACUGGCGAUUGGUUGGUAACUACUGCGGACACUUGCACUGAGGCGAUUGAGCACGGGGCAGGUGGAUUUAAGGGACUCAGCGACACCAAAGCAGGCCAUAACCCUUACAAUAUGGGAAACACGGAUUCUAAGUUAAACUUUCGCAAAGCGAUUGUUCAGCUGACACAGAAGAAUCAAAAGAUCGACCCCAACGACGAUCAGUUCUGGGAGCAGUUCUGGCAGGGCCACCAAACUACCCUGGAGGAUGUGUUUGCGCUAGUAACCUCUAGCGAGAUACGCCAGAUCCGGAACGAGAAUCCAGCAAACCUGGCUACUUUGUGCUACAAGGCAGUGGAAAAGCUGGCACAGGCGGUGGACAGUAGCUGUCGCACGCAGGCGGAACAGCAGUGCGUCAUGAACUGCGUCCGCCUGCUCGUCCGGUGCCUGCCCUACAUUUUUGAGGACGACAAGUGGCGUGACUUCUUUUGGAGCAGCUUGCCAUCGCAGGAAAAGACUAUGCCGCUGGCCCAAUCACUGAUUAAUGCCACCUGUGAUCUACUUUUUUGUCCGGACUUCACUGUCACGGCCACGCGUAAAACGGGUCCAGAAAAGGCUGAGGAGCUGGCGAACAUCGAUAGUUGCGAGUACAUUUGGGAGGCUGGGGUUGGCUUUGCCCAAUCGCCGCCCCAUAACGCCCACAUGGAGCGCAGGCGCACGGAGCUGUUGAAACUAUUGCUCACCUGUUUCUCAGAGCCCAUGUACAGAUCACCGCAGCAGUCAGAGGAGCCCAACAAGUGGAUAUCCUACUUUACCUCCGCCGACAAUCGUCAUGCCCUUCCAUUGUUCACCUCGUUCCUGAACACUGUGUGCUCUUACGAUCCCGUGGGCUUCGGUGUGCCCUACAAUCACCUGCUAUUUGCGGACACUACGGAGCCCUUGGUAGAAGCGUGCCUUCAACUGCUUAUUGUUACCUUAGAUCACGAUAUGGUAGUGCAGCAACAACUCACCCAGCCCGGACAAGUAUCCUACGACGAGGGAAACUCAGGCGACAAUUUGUUCAUUAACUACCUAUCACGAGUACACCGGGAUGAGGACUUUCACUUUGUACUCAAGGGCAUCACUCGGCUGUUGAAUAACCCCCUGGUCCAGAACUACUUGCCGAACUCCACGAAGCGUCUGCAUUGUCACCAGGAGCUGCUCAUUUUGUUUUGGAAAAUAUGCGACUAUAACAAAAAGUUUCUGUACUUCGUCCUGAAGAGCUCUGAUGUUCUGGAUAUUCUAAUUCCAAUACUAUAUCAUCUAAACUACUCCCGAGCGGACCAAUCUCGAGUGGGGCUUAUGCAUAUUGGAGUAUUUAUACUUUUGCUGCUAUCGGGCGAGCGGAACUUUGGAGUUCGCCUAAACAAAGCUUACUCCGCCACCGUGCCGAUGGAUAUACCAGUGUUUACUGGAACCCAUGCAGAUUUACUAAUCACGGUGUUUCACAAAAUAAUUGCCACUGGACAUCAGAGACUACAGCCGCUUUUUGAUUGUCUGCUUACCAUUUUGGUUAAUGUUUCGCCAUAUCUAAAAACCCUGUCUAUGGUGGCCAGUGUGAAGCUGUUGCAUCUUCUGGAAGCCUUCAGUACACCAUGGUUUCUGUUAUCGGCUCCCAGUAAUCAUCAUUUGGUGUUUUUCCUCUUGGAGAUCUUCAACAACAUAAUACAGUAUCAGUUCGAUGGAAACUCGAAUCUAGUCUACACCAUUAUACGAAAACGCCAUGUGUUCCAUGCCAUGGCGAAUCUCCCGACCGAUAUGGCUGGUAUAGCAAAGUGCCUGAGUGGCCGCAAAACAGGUGGAAAGUUCAAUUUGCCGCGAGUACCACAAAGGAGAACAACAACUGUUUCCCAGGAGCUGCCCUCGGCCCAUGUUCCGGAAGAGUACAACGAAGAUGAUGAAGAUGAGGACGAAGAAGACACGAUAAAUGAAGAGCCCAAGGCGGAAGAGGAUCUCGAAUCGGAGACGGAGUCUCAUGAGCGAUCUCAGGCAGGGGAGUUGCAGCCGGAAGUUUUAACGGCCCAGCCAGCCGAGCCGGGUACACUUAAAACUUCCCUGCUGGACACCCCGGGCAUCAGCCAGAUGACCGAGCGUGAGCCGGCACAUCCAAAUGACAAACCGCAGUCGGAUGAUUCCACGGAGAUUGUACCCUAUGACAGGUCAGCUGCAUCGACCCCAACUGGUGAUCAGAAAUCCGUCUCGCCCACAGAGCUUUCCCGUUUGUCGGUGGCGCAUAGAGGCAGCAUUCGAAUGGUCCCAGGCGAAGGGGAUCGAUGGGCACCAACGCCCGAGUGGAUCGUCUCCUGGCGCUCAAAGCUACCACUGCAGACUAUCAUGCGACUGCUUCAGGUCCUUGUGCCCCAGGUGGAGAAGAUCUGCAUAGACAAGGGACUGACCGACGAGUCGGAGAUUCUUAAGUUUCUGCAACAUGGAACAUUGGUGGGACUGCUGCCUGUACCGCAUCCCAUACUCAUUCGAAAGUAUCAGGCCAAUGCAGGGACAACGGCCUGGUUUAGAACCUACAUAUGGGGAGUCAUCUACCUGCGAAACGUGGAACCAGCUAUCUGGUACGAUACCGAGGUAAAGCUCUUUGAGAUUCAGCGGGUGUAGGUCCGUAUGUGGACUCUAAACCAGACACAAGCGAAACCGUAGCUCCCACGCUUUGGCAUUUAUUGUAGUUAAUUUAUUUAUUGCAUAUUCCAUUCCAAAAGUCUUUUGUGAAAAUAUCAAUGUAUAAUGAAUUCCCCUUACCAUAUGUCUGCUUAUCGGUUCUCCAUGUCUUUCGACUUUGUGUCGAGGCGAGCCACCCCAAAAAAGAGGCUUAUCAGUUGUAACGAUAUAGCGUGAGUUCCUUUUAACUGUUUUGUUAUCGGCUUUUAGCAUUGAUAUUUAAUUGCUCUUUCCUAAUUUAGAAGUUUAUACAACUCCAAAAAACAUUGUAAGCACAAAGUGUUUGAAUUUUAGUUGAAGACUAAAUUAUGGAACAGUUAUUGUAUUUACUUUUUUUAAUCUGUGACACAAAAUGUUCCUUGUGCCGUAUUUUUAAUGCAUUGCUUUAUUUAUUUAUUAUUUUAUUUUAAUAUUUUUACAUGUUUACAUCUUGUAUGUUUCAAAACCAAAUUCACUGCUAUAUUCGUAUGCUUUUGCUUCUGAUAACCAAUAAACUUAUAAAUAAACAAA